CGGCCUUGUUUUGACACUUUCCCAAGCAGGCCCGGAAACGGCCAGAAGCUGGCCCAAGGGGUAAGCAGGGGAAGGGGUCCUGGCCUCGUGUAGGAGAGAGCCCUUGGCAGCCGUUUGACACGCAGUCAUGGCAAAACCAACCCUCUUUUUCUUUUCUUCCCCCAGGCCAGCGCCUGGGACUCCCUCCAGCUCGAGAGGCUGUAGGCAGUUCUUGCCUUUCUACAUGCUACUCCGGUGCCCUGAUUAAGCUCCUGCCUGGCGGCCCGGUUCCCUGAGCGAGUGCGCGCCUGCGCACCGUGACCGAGCGAGCGAGCCAGCUUUCUUUCCAGGCCUCGCGUUCCUCCCUCCCCCGUGCGCCUGCGCACCGGCUGGGAGGAACUCAGCGUUUUGGCCUCGGCGGGCGGGCGGACGCGCGCGUGCUCGCGGCGAGGGGGGCGGGUCGCGCGCGCCGGUGGGAAGCGUCCGGCUGCCACAGCGCCAGCUCCGUCGUAAGUCGCUGCAGCCCGGGUCCCGCUCGCCCCUCCUCCCGGCUCCCCCGCCCGCUGCUGCCCGGGCGCAUGCGCCUCCGGAGCGCGAGGGUCGGCUUCGGGUGUGUGGUGGCGACAGAGCGGAGCUGCAAGGCCCUAGAGUCAGAACCUGGGGGAGAGGAAUGGUCUCUGCACGGGGGGGAGCCGGAGGAGUCGCCGCCGCUGCCGACGCCACCGCCGCAGCCGCCGCCGCCGCCGCCUUGGCGCCCGCCUCCCGGCGCUGACGGGCUCAUACGAAGCCGGCGAGGGGGAUCCCGCACCAGCGGUCGCCGGCACACCGCCCAGCAUGGUCCGGGAAACCAGGCACCUCUGGGUGGGCAACUUACCAGAGAAUGUGCGGGAAGAGAAGAUCAUCGAGCAUUUCAAACGAUAUGGCCGUGUGGAAAGUGUCAAAAUUCUCCCCAAGAGGGGAUCUGAAGGAGGAGUGGCUGCCUUUGUGGAUUUUGUGGACAUCAAAAGUGCGCAGAAAGCUCAUAACUCUGUCAACAAAAUGGGAGAUAGAGACCUACGCACGGAUUAUAAUGAACCAGGCACCAUUCCGAGUGCUGCUCGGGGAUUGGAUGAUACAGUUUCCAUAGCAUCUCGUAGUAGAGAGGUUUCUGGGUUCAGAGGAGGUGGUGGAGGGCCUGCUUAUGGUCCUCCACCAUCACUUCAUGCACGAGAAGGACGUUAUGAGCGGAGACUUGAUGGGGCUUCAGAUAACAGGGAGCGUGCUUAUGAACAUAGUGCCUAUGGACACCAUGAACGGGGGACGGGAGGAUUUGAUCGGACAAGACAUUACGAUCAGGAUUACUAUAGAGAUCCUCGAGAGCGGACUUUACAGCAUGGGCUCUAUUAUACUUCUCGGAGUCGAAGCCCAAACCGUUUUGAUGCUCAUGACCCCCGAUACGAACCUAGGGCUCGGGAGCAGUUUACACUGCCCAGUGUGGUACACAGGGAUAUCUACAGGGAUGACAUUCCCCGGGAGGUACGAGGCAGAAGGCCAGAGCGGAAUUACCAGCACAGCAGGAGUCGGUCUCCACACUCAUCCCAGUCUAGGAAUCAGUCUCCACAGAGGCUGGCUAGCCAAGCGUCUAGACCCACCAGGUCCCCUAGCGGCAGUGGUUCUAGGAGUCGCUCCUCCAGUAGCGAUUCUCUCAGCAGCAGCACUAGUACCAGCAGUGACAGCACUGAUUCCAGCAGUAGUUCAAGUGAUGACUCUCCAGCCCGAUCAGUUCAAUCUGCAGCAGUCCCAGCACCCAGUUCCCAGUUGCUUUCAUCCCUGGAAAAAGAUGAGCCCCGUAAAAGUUUUGGUAUCAAAGUUCAAAAUCUUCCAGUACGCUCUACAGAUACAAGUCUCAAAGAUGGCCUUUUCCAUGAAUUUAAGAAAUUUGGAAAGGUGACUUCAGUGCAGAUACAUGGAACUUCAGAAGAGCGGUAUGGUCUGGUAUUCUUUCGGCAGCAAGAGGACCAAGAAAAAGCACUGACUGCAUCGAAAGGCAAACUUUUCUUUGGCAUGCAGAUUGAAGUAACAGCAUGGAUAGGGCCAGAAACAGAAAGUGAAAAUGAAUUUCGCCCUUUAGAUGAAAGGAUAGAUGAAUUUCAUCCCAAAGCAACAAGAACACUCUUUAUUGGCAACCUUGAAAAAACCACUACUUACCAUGACCUUCGCAACAUUUUCCAGCGCUUUGGAGAAAUCGUGGAUAUUGAUAUUAAGAAAGUAAAUGGAGUUCCUCAGUAUGCAUUCUUGCAGUACUGCGAUAUUGCCAGUGUUUGUAAGGCCAUUAAGAAGAUGGAUGGGGAAUACCUUGGAAACAAUCGCCUCAAGCUGGGUUUUGGAAAGAGCAUGCCUACAAACUGCGUGUGGUUAGACGGGCUUUCUUCAAAUGUAUCGGAUCAGUAUUUAACACGACACUUCUGCAGAUACGGGCCUGUUGUGAAGGUGGUGUUUGACCGCUUAAAAGGCAUGGCCCUGGUUCUCUACAAUGAAAUCGAAUAUGCACAAGCAGCUGUAAAAGAGACCAAGGGGAGGAAAAUUGGUGGGAAUAAAAUUAAGGUGGAUUUUGCAAAUCGGGAAAGUCAGCUGGCAUUUUAUCACUGUAUGGAAAAAUCUGGUCAAGAUAUCAGAGACUUUUAUGAAAUGUUAGCAGAAAGAAGAGAGGAACGAAGGGGAUCUUAUGACUAUAGCCAAGAUCGCACAUAUUAUGAGAACAUUCGUACUCCAGGCACUUAUCCUGAGGAUUCCAGACGGGACUAUCCAACUCGAGGGAGAGAAUUUUAUUCAGAAUGGGAAACUUACCAAGGAGAUUACUAUGAAUCACGGUAUUAUGAUGAUACUCGGGAAUAUAGGGACUACAGAAAUGAUCCUUAUGAACAAGAUAUUCGGGAAUACAGUUACAGGCAAAGGGAACGAGAAAGAGAACGUGAAAGAUUUGAGUCUGACCGGGAUAGAGACCAUGAGAGGAGGCCAAUUGAACGCAGCCAGAGUCCAGUGCACUUGCGACGCCCACAGAGUCCUGGAGCUUCCCCCUCACAGUCAGAGAGAUUGCCAAGUGAUUCUGAGAGGAGGAUUUACAGCCGAUCCUCAGACCGGAGUGGAAGCUGUAGCUCAGUUUCCCCUCCAAGAUACGAUAAACUUGACAAAUCUCGUUUGGAGCGCUAUACAAAAAAUGACAAGACAGAUAAAGAACGAACUUUUGAUCCUGAGAGAAUGGAAAGAGAGAGACGCUUAAUAAGGAAGGAAAAAGUGGAAAAGGACAAAACUGAAAAGCAGAAACGGAAAGGAAAAGUUCAUUCCCCGAGUUCUCAGUCUUCAGAAACAGACCAAGAAAAUGAAAGAGAACAGAGCCCUGAAAAAUCAAGGGUUUUUAAUAAACUGAGCAGAGAGAAAGCUGACAAAGAAGGAAUAGCAAAAAACCGCCUAGAACUCAUGCCUUGUGUUGUUUUGACUCGAGUGAAAGAAAAAGAGGGGAGAGUUAUUGACCAUACUCCUUUGGAGAAGCUAAAAGCCAAGCUUGACAUUGACAUUGUCAAGUCUUCUGCCCUAGAUCAGAAACUUCUGGUCUCUCAGACGGAGCCUACAAAGUCUGACUUGUCUAAACUGGAGUCUGUUAGAGUCAAAUUGCCAAAGGAAAAGGGUCUUUCAAGCCACAUAGAGGUGGUAGAUAAGGAAGGCAGGCCUAAACCCAGGAAGCAUCUGAAGCCAGAGCAGACUGCCGAUGGGGUAAGUGCUACAGAGCUGGAGAAGCUGGAAGCAAGGAAAAGACGUUUUGCUGAUUCCAAUUUGAAAGCAGAAAGGCAGAAACCAGAACUCAAGAAAACUAGUCCAGAGGUGGAGGAUGCUCGCAUGCUUUUAAAAAAGCAGCCUGACAUACCAUCUAGAGAUGUCAUUCUGCUGAGGGAAGGAGAAUCUGAAAGAAAGCCUGCGAGGAAGGAAAUUCUGAAAAGAGAAUCUAAAAAAAUCAAACUGGACAGACUUAAUGCUGUUCCUAGCCCUAAAGACUGUCAGGAGCUUGCCAGUAUUUCUGUUGGUUCUAGGCCCAACUCAGACCUACAAGCAAGGCUAGGAGAACCAGUAGGUGAAUCUGUGGAAAGUCAAGAAAUCCAACCAAAAAAACCCACUGCUUCAAAACCACAGCUUAAACAGCUACAGCUGUCAGAUGAUCAAGGACCAGAGAAAGAAGAUAUUAGGAAAAACUAUUGCAGUCUUCGUGAUGAAACACUUGAAUGUAAACCAGGCCAAGAGAAACCACAUUCAGUAAAUACUGAGGAAAAAAUUGGCAUUGAUAUUGAUCACACACAGAGUUACCGAAAACAAAUGGAGCAGAGUCGUAGAAAACAGCAGAUGGAGAUGGAAAUAGCCAAGUCUGAGAAGCUUGGCAGUCCUAGAAAAGAUGUAGAUGAAUAUGAAAGGCGCAGUCUCGUCCACGAGGUAGGCAAACCCCCUCAGGAUGUCACUGACGACUCUCCUCCCAGCAAAAAGAAACGGAUGGACCAUGUUGAUUUUGAUGUCUGCACCAAAAGAGAGCGGAAUUACAGAAGCUCACGGCAGGUCAGUGAGGAUUCCGAAAGGACCGCCGGCUCUCCCAGUGUCCGACAUGGCUCCUUCCAUGACGAAGAUGAUCUCGUAGGCUCCCCCAGGCUCAUGUCAGUAAAAGGGUCUCCUAAAGUAGAUGAAAAAGGUCUCCCCUAUUCUAAUAUAACAGUCAGAGAAGAGUCCUUAAAAUUUAAUCCUUAUGAUUCUAGCAGGAGAGAACAGAUGGCAGACAUGGCCAAAAUAAAGCUGUCUGUCUUGAAUUCUGAAGAUGAGCUAAAUCGGUGGGACUCUCAGAUGAAACAAGAUGCCAGCAGAUCUGAUGUGAGUUUUCCAAACAGCAUAAUUAAGAGAGACAGCCUUCGAAAGAGGUCUGUACGUGACUUGGAACCUGGUGAGGUGCCUUCAGAUUCUGAUGAAGAUGGAGAACACAAAUCCCACUCACCCAGAGCCUCCGCAUUAUAUGAAAGCUCUCGAUUGUCUUUUUUAUUGAGGGACCGAGAAGACAAACUACGUGAGCGAGAUGAAAGACUCUCCAGUUCUUUAGAAAGGAACAAAUUUUACUCUUUUGCAUUGGAUAAGACAAUCACACCAGACACAAAGGCUUUGCUUGAAAGAGCUAAAUCGCUCUCUUCGUCUCGAGAAGAAAAUUGGUCUUUUCUUGACUGGGACUCCCGAUUUGCUAAUUUUCGAAACAACAAAGAUAAAGAAAAGGUUGACUCUGCUCCAAGACCUAUUCCAUCCUGGUACAUGAAAAAGAAGAAAAUUCGGACGGACUCAGAAGGAAAAAUGGAUAAUAAAAAAGAUGAUCAUAAAGAAGAAGAACAGGAAAGGCAAGAAUUAUUUGCUUCUCGUUUUUUACAUAGCUCAAUCUUUGAGCAAGAUUCCAAGCGGCUGCAGCACCUAGAGAGAAAAGACGAAGAAUCUGAUUUCAUUUCUGGUAGGCUAUAUGGGAGGCAGGUAUCUGAUGGAGCAAACAGCACAACUGAUUUGAUUCAAGAGCCAGUAGUUCUUUUCCAUAGCAGAUUUAUGGAACUCACACGAAUGCAACAGAAAGAAAAAGAAAAAGACCAAAAACCCAAAGAGGCUGAGAAACAGGAAGAUGCAGAGGAUUAUCCCAAGACCCCAGAAUCUACUUCUGAGAACAGAGAGUCUGAACUGAAAACUCCAUCUUCAACCGGACCACCGCCUAGUGUCACUGUUGUAACUCCGGAGUCACCAUCGUUACCACUGGAGAGGACAGUUACCACUAGUGAAAAAACAGGAGAGGUGCCGUUGAUGACAGAAGAGAAGACCACGGAGCCGGCCUCUGUCUCCGAAGAAGCAAAACCUGUGUCUGACCUGGCUCCCAUUGCUGCGGAAGAGUCCGACCAAGUAGAUUUGCCCCCAGGAGUGGACACCAAUAAAGAUGCUGCCAGGACUCCACUGGUUGUUGAAGAAAGUUCAUCAGUUGACCAGCUGCCUUAUUUAGAUGCCAAGCCUCCAACUCCUGGGGCCUCAUUUUCCCAGGUAGAGGUCAGUGUAGAUCCAGAACCUGACAGAAUCCAACCACUUUCAAACCCGACUCAGAAGCCUGAGGAAACUGACGAGCCAAAAGCGGAAAAACCGAGCGCACCUGCUAAUGUUGAACCUGAUGCAAAUCAAAAAACUGAAGCUGUUCCUGAGGUUCAGCCUCAAGCCUAUGAAGAUACAGAGAUUGAUCCUCCAGUUGCUACAAAAGAAAAAAAGCCAAACAAAAGUAAGCGCUCCAAGACCCCCACCCAGGCAGCUGCUGCAAGCCUCGUGGAGAAGCCAGUCACGAGGAAGAGCGAGAGGAUAGACCGGGAGAGACUCAGGCGGUCCAGUUCUCCUCGUGGGGAAGCACAGAAGCUCUUAGAAUUGAAGAUGGAGGCAGAGAAGGUUACGAGGACUGCAUCUAAAAACUCAGCUGUGGACCCUGAACAUCCCGAGCCAAGUUUGCCCCUCAGCCGAGCAAGGCGCCGGAAUGUGAGGAGCGUCUAUGCAACCAUGGGUGACCAUGAAAGUCGCUCUCCCGUGAAGGAGCCUGUCGAGCAACCUAGAGUGACGAGGAAGAGACUGGAGCGAGAGCUUCAGGAGGCAGCAGCAGUGCCCACCACCCCCAGGAGGGGGAGGCCUCCGAAAACACGCCGUCGAGCUGAGGAUGAGGAGGAGACGGAGACGAAGGAGCCCGUGGAGACACUCAAACCAGCUGAGGGAUGGAGGUCCCCCCGGACCCAAAAAACAGUAGCUGCUGGCGGCCCACAAGGGAAAAGGGGGAAAAAUGAGCCCAAAGUUGAUGUUGAACGUUCUGAGGCCACCACUGACAUGAGUCCCCAAGUAAAUGUGAAAGAAAAUAACCCAAAAUCCAAGGUCGAUAAAGAAGAAGCAGGAAGCGAACAUAAACGUGACAAAAAAGAGAUCAGCACAGACAAAAAUUCCUCUGACACCCUGCCAGUUGAAGUGGUGGAGAAAAAAACAGCCCCUGAAAAAAACUCUAAGUCAAAGAGAGGAAGAUCUCGAAAUUCUAGGUCAGCAGUGGACAAAUCUGCAAAUCUGAAAAAUGUGGAAGCCAGUGUCAGCCCCAGUGUGACUGCAGGCCCUUUGGGGCUGGCAGAGGAGAAGGAAGCUGGGGUCGUGGCAGUGUCCCCUGAGAAGAGUGGGCAUCCUCAGGAGGAAGGUGGUACAUCAUCCCAGGUGAACAGUGAACCAGCUGAUCCAGACAAGGAGCUGGGGAAGGAAGAUAUGACUGCCUCUAAGCCGUCCCCAGAAGCAAAUCAGUUAGCCAGGCAGAUGGAGCUGGAGCAGGCCGUGGAGAACAUUGCAAACUUCACUGAGACGGCCGCCACCGCCUUCAAGGCAGCAGCCACAGACACAUCAGAGGGCCUCUCCACAGAGGGCAGGGACAAGCCCCCACACCAAGCAAGUGAAACAGAACUGGCUGCAGCCAUUGGCUCCAUCAUCAAUGACAUUUCUGGGGAGCCAGAAAACUUCACAGCACCCCCACCUUACCCUGCAGAAUCACAGACAGAUCUACAGCCCCGCUCUCAGGUCCUGCAGCCACCUGGAGAAGGAAUGGAGCCUGAGACCAAUGAGGCUGUGUCUGGCAUCUUGGAGACUGAAGCUGCUACAGAAUCUUCUGGGCCACCAGUCAGUGCCCCUGACCACUCAGCAGGCCCUGCAGACACCAAGGAAGCCAACGGGAACAGCAGCAAAAUUGCCCACCCAGUGCCGGAAGCCAAAGGAUCUAAAGAAGCAGAUGUUGUUCUUGCUCGGAAAGACAAAGGGCGCCAGAAGACGCGAUCACGACGCAAACGAAAUACAAACAAGAAAACGGCUACUGUAGAGAACCGAGUCCCUAAGCCUGACCCAGUUCAAAGCAGGAGUCCUGCCACAAAUGAGGGGACCACGGUACAGCCCUCAGAAACUCCGGAGGAAGAAAAGCAGGCUGAGAAGCCCCCACUCACCCCUCCAGAGUCCUGUGCUUCUGACCCCAGCAUAGUUCCGUCUGUGGAGAAUUUGUCCCAAGAAAACGGUGUUGAAGAAAAGACUCCAGCCAUAGCACCCUCACUCCCAGACCUUCUCCCACCCUCAGAGUCAGCCCCUGUGGAGGAGGAACCUCAUGCCAGAUUCAAGGUGCACUCUAUCAUUGAAAGUGACCCGGUGACCCCACCGAGUGACCCCAGCUUACCCAUCCCCACAAUUCCUUCUGUGGCUGCAGCAAAGCUCCCACCUCCUGUCACCCCUUUGGGGCUCCCACACCAGAGUCCCCCUACUAAGGUGACAGAGUGGAUCACAAGGCAGGAGGAACCUCGGUCUCAGUCUGCCCCAUCUCCAGCUCUUCCCCCAGACACAAAAGCCUCUGACCUUGAUACCAGCUCCAGUACUCUGAGGAAGAUCCUCAUGGACCCCAAGUAUGUGUCUGCCACGGGUAUCACUUCCACAAGUGUCACAACUGCCAUCGCAGAGCCUGUCAGUGCUGCACCUUGUCUGCAUGAGGCACUGCCCCCUCCCGGUGAAUCGAAGAAGCCUCUUCUGGAAGAAAAGCCAGCAGCUCCAGUCACCAACACCUCCGACACACAGGCCUCAGAGGUUCCAGUGGCCACUGACAAAGAAAAGGUGGCUCCUGUCAUUGCUCCUAAAAUCACUUCUGUCAUCAGCCGGAUGCCUGUCAGCAUUGACUUGGAGAAUUCACAAAAAAUAACUCUGGCGAAACCAGCUCCUCAAACCCUGACUGGCCUGGUGAGUGCUCUGACCGGCCUGGUGAAUGUCUCCUUGGUCCCAGUGAAUGCUCUGACCGGCCCAGUGAAUGCCCUAAAAGGCCCUGUGAAGGGCUCAGUGGCCACACUGAAGGGUCUGGUGAACACUCCUGCUGGCCCUGUGAACGUCCUGAAGGGGCCUGUGAACGUCCUGACGGGGCCUGUGAACGUUCUCACCACACCGAUGAACACCGCUGCAGGAGCAGUGACGGUCACAGCGGGGGCAGGCACUGCUGCUUCCGGUGGUGGGACUGCCACAACGGCAGGUGCGGUGACGGUGGCUGGUGCAGUGAUCGCACCAUCAGCAAAGUGCAAACAGAGAUCCAGCACCAGUGAAAACAGUCGGUUCCACCCGGGGUCUAUGUCUGUGAUCGAUGACCGUCCGGCAGACACAGGCUCUGGCGCCGGGCUGCGUGUGAACACUUCCGAAGGCGUUGUGCUCCUGAGCUAUUCCGGGCAAAAGACUGAAGGCCCUCAGCGGAUCAGCGCCAAGAUCAGCCAGAUCCCCCCAGCAAGCGCCAUGGACAUUGAAUUUCAGCAGUCGGUGUCCAAGUCCCAGGUCAAAGCCGAUUCUGUCACAGCAUCACAGCCCCCGCCCAAAGGUCCUCAAGCUCCUUCCGGCUAUGCAAAUGUGGCCACCCAUUCUACUCUGGUAUUAACUGCCCAGACGUAUAACGCAUCUCCUGUGAUUUCAUCUGUGAAGGCCGACCGCCCGUCCUUGGAGAAGCCUGAGCCUAUCCACCUCUCUGUGUCUACCCCUGUCACCCAGGGCGGCACAGUGAAGGUUCUCACCCAGGGCAUAAACACAUCCCCAGUGCUGGUUCACAACCAGCUGGUUCUCACCCCAAGCAUAGUCACUACUAAUAAAAAGCUUGCUGACCCCGUCACCCUCAAAAUAGAGACUAAGGUCCUUCAGCCAGCUAACCUGGGGUCCACUCUCACCCCCCACCACCCUCCUGCUAUGCCCAGCAAACUGCCCACAGAAGUGAACCACAUCGCGUCGGGGCCCAGUACCCCAACAGACAGAACGGUUUCUCAUUUGGCGGCCACGAAGCCAGACACACAUUCUCCUCGCACCAGUGGGCCUGCUCCGUCCCCGUUCCCGAGGGCUUGCCACCCUAGCAACACCACAUCCACUGCUCUCUCCACUAACGCUACAGUCAUGCUGGCUGCAGGCAUUCCUGUGCCUCAGUUCAUCUCCAGCAUACACCCAGAGCCUUCUGUCAUCAUGCCACCCCACAGCAUCACCCAGACUGUGUCCCUUAGCCACCUGUCCCAAGGUGAGGUGAGGAUGAACACGCCCACGCUGCCCAGCAUCACCUACAGCAUCCGGCCAGAGACACUUCACUCUCCUCGGGCUCCUCUGCAACCCCAGCAGAUAGAGGUCAGGGCCCCACAGCGUGCAGGUACACCCCAGCCAGCUACAGCCGGUGUCCCUGCCCUGGCCUCCCAGCACUCUCCAGAGGAAGAAGUGCAUUAUCACCUCCCUGUGGCUCGAGCCACAGCUCCUGUGCAGUCAGAGGUGCUGGUCAUGCAGUCCGAGUACCGCCUGCACCCAUACACUGUGCCCCGGGAUGUGAGGAUCAUGGUGCAUCCCCAUGUGACAGCAGUCAGUGAGCAGCCCCGGGUAGCAGAUGGGGCAGUGAAGGUGCCACCAGCUGGCAAGGCCCCUCCACAGCCAGGGAAGGAUGCUGCCAAGACAGCAGAUGCCAAGGCAGCCCCCACCCCUGCCCCUCAUGGCGAGGCCCGCAUCCUCACAGUCACCCCCAGCAACCAGCUCCAGGGGCUGCCCCUGACCCCACCUGUGGUGGUGACCCACGGGGUGCAGAUCGUGCACUCCAGUGGGGAACUGUUUCAGGAGUACAGGUACGGAGACAUCCGCACCUACCACGGCCCGGCCCAGCUCACUCACACGCAGUUUCCCGCUGCUGCUUCCAUGGGCCUGCCUGCCCGGACCAAGGCACCUGCUCAGGGCCCCACUCCUGAAGGUGAGCCCCUGCAGCCUGCCCAGCCUGGCCAGCCCACACAGCCUGCUCAGCCUCCACAGCCCAUCCAGCCCACCCAGCUUAGUCAACCAGGCCAGCAACCCAGCAGCAAGAUGCCUCAGGUCUCCCAGGAGGCGAAGGGGACCCAGACGGGAGCAGAGCAGCCUCGCCUCCCACCUGUACCUGCAAACAGGCCAACUGAGUCUCAUGCCCAGGUUCAGAGGGCACAGGUGGAAACAAGCCAGACCUCCUAUCCCUCCCCUGUGUCUGUCUCCAUGAAGUCUGACCUCACAGCACCUCUGCCUGCUCAGGCUGCUCCAAAGCAGCCGCUGUUUGUCCCCACAACCUCAGGCUCCAGCACCUCUCCAGGACUGGCCCUGCUGCACACUGAAGCCCAGCCCACCCCCAAACAGGAUUCCUCUCCACACUUGACUUCCCAGAGGCCUGUGGAUAUGGUCCAGCUUCUGAAGAAGUAUCCCAUCGUGUGGCAGGGCCUCCUGGCCCUCAAGAAUGACACAGCUGCUGUGCAGCUCCACUUUGUCUCUGGCAACAACGUCCUGGCCCAUCGGUCCCUGCCUCUCUCCGAAGGAGGUCCCCCACUGAGGAUUGCCCAGAGGAUGCGGCUGGAGGCCACACAGCUGGAAGGGGUUGCCCGAAGGAUGACGGUGGAGACAGAUUACUGUCUGCUGCUGGCUCUACCCUGCGGCCGUGACCAAGAGGAUGUCGUGAGCCAGACCGAGUCCCUCAAGGCUGCUUUCAUCACCUAUCUCCAGGCCAAGCAGGCAGCGGGAAUCAUCAACGUUCCCAAUCCCGGCUCCAAUCAGCCCGCCUAUGUGCUGCAGAUCUUUCCACCCUGUGAGUUCUCUGAGAGUCACCUGUCCCGACUGGCCCCUGACCUCCUUGCCAGCAUCUCCAACAUUUCUCCCCACCUCAUGAUUGUCAUCGCCUCUGUGUGAGCCACUGAAUGGUCACCACCGGUGUACUUCCCUGAGGCUCUGCUGCAAAAAAUAAACAUAGGACAACGUAGCCAAGUGGAGGAAGAAGCUGCCAAAGGGGACAUACUCCACUGCCGCACGCCAGCCUCACCCUCCUGCCCGCCCUCCCGGCUCAGUCGGACAUACCCCCCUGGGCAGUGGUGCUGCUACUUGUAUGUUUACAUGACAUUUAGCCCAAGGACAGACCACCGACCGACAGACGCUGCAGACACCUUGGGGCUGGGUGUGCUCUCCUCUUUUUGGAGAGAAGGAACAGGGCAGUGGAAUUAUUUUUUUGUUGUUUUGUUAAGAAACAAGAGAACAGAACUGCCUUUGCACUAAAUUAGUGACUUGGACUUUUGCACAGUGAAGACAGGCUGUGACCCUCUGGAUGUCUUGGUGUACGUGAACACACAUUGAGGACGCUCACAUAGGACUUGGAACUUCUGCUGAAACCCUGGGGUCAAGGAACAUUUCAUCGGGUUGUUUUGUCCCCAUUCCUCCCUUCCCCUUGCUCAUUUGGAUGUCAUCUUCUUUCUUAAUUCUCCUGCUGCCACCAUCUUUGAUUCACCUGGGAUGUACAGUUUACAAUCGAACAAGAGCAGAGGAUUUUCUUUCUUGGUGGGAUAUGCAGAACUUGGGAUGUGUGUAUAUAUAAAUAUAUAAUAUAUAUAAAUAUAUAUAAUACUGACUUAAAAAAUCAAAUUCCCCUGACAUACAUUUUUUUUAAUCUGUGCCAAAAAUGUGUUUUCAGAGAAAAUCUUAUUUUCAUACUCAGACUUUGUAUUGUCACUCACUUGUAUACGUGCGCUUCGUUUCAGCACGGGCCCUGCCCCCGUGGUUUGGAAGUGUCACACACACACACACACACACACACACACACACACACACACGACUGGCUUCCCCUCUUCCUGAUACCUUGACCUCUCCCCGCAACUUCCUAACACUUAUUAAUUUAUGAAACUGUUUUUCUCAGCGCAGUUUUGUUUUGUGUGUCCAUUGGAUUACAAACUUUAUUAAAAAAUACAAAACA